AUGGAUCUGAGUCUCGAUGAAAUAAUUUCAAAGAACCGAACUGCUAGACGGGGACGUGGUUCAAAACUACAAAAUAACCUCAGAAGGACUAGUGGUGGACGUAUUCAAAAGCGAAAGAGUAAUGAAUUUCCUGAACUUUUCCAAGAAUUUGGUGUCCUUCGACGCGCCGCCGUUCAUUACGAUCGCAGUGGUCGAUCUCUUGGCACUGCUGAGGUAAUCUAUACUAAUCGCGCUGACGCCGCCCGAGCUAUUGAGCGCUACAAUGGGUUGCCUCUCGAUGGUCGUCCCAUGAAUAUCCAACUUGUUGGAGGUGCAGGUUAG